AGGGUGGCAGUUGUCAAAGGCUAUUGUCAAAGGGACGCCCGAUUGGUGCAUCGUCUUUUCUUCUCCCCAGCACGUCAUUUCCUUCUAUUUCAACCCAAGACGUUCGAUCAUCCCUUUGCACAGAUUCAUUUCGAUCCUGGUAGGCUGCUGUGCGCAAGUGCGUUCUCGGUGUCUGUGUGUGUGUGUGCGAUUUUGCUUUGUUGGCAAUACUGUUCUUUGCACGCAUUGAAAUCUUGGGUAGUGUUUUCGGCUUUUAAAUUAUUGUAACCCAAAUUCCAAGUAAGAACCGAUCACGAUGAUUUCCGCAAGUCUGUACGCUGUGCUCGGUGUGGAGAGGGAGGCUUCGCGAAUGGACAUCAUUGCAGCCUACCAAAACUUGGCCCCGUACUGUCACCCUAAUUCGACCCUAUACGCUGCGUAUACGUUCCCGAUCGGGAAUCUUACGCAGCAGCAGUACUGGCACGCCAUUAACGAGGCGGUAGUAGUGCUAACUGUAGAAGAGCUCCGUGUGCGCUAUGACCUGAACAUGCUGCAAACCUGUUACCCUGGGAAUGCGUUUUUUGGAAAUUGUGAUGAAAUUUUUCAAUGUUACUUCCGGAAUUCGUGCUCGGUUGUAGUUGAAUCACCAUCGGUUGCAAACGGCAACCAGUGGAUCGCCCGAAACCUGGAAACCUUACGGCCGACCUCAGACAUAACCAUUACGGUGGCGGUGGAUCUGGAAGAAAUGUUUACUGGCACGCAGAAAACUCUAACCUACCCCCGGAUGCGUUACAUCGACGGGAGAAGCCUUACCCAGAUGGAAACGGUGAUCGUCACGAUAAUGCCACACAUGCGCCACGGCAUGUCGCUGCUGUUCCGCGGCCUCGGGCACGAAAAUGAGCUGGGCCAGGGUAAUUUGGUGGUAGUGUUGCACGUAAAUCCACACCCGAUCUUUAUCGUGUCCGGUAACGAUCUGCUGCACAAGAUGGCCGUACCACUGUCCAUCGCCAUGUUGGGCGGUGAGGUACGGGUGCAGACGAUCGAUUCGCAGUGGUUGACGAUUUUGGUGCAGCCGGCCAGCCAAUCGGCCCAACGGCAGGUGAUCCGUUUCGAGGGCCAAGGUUUACAUGCGUCCGGUGAUGUGCGUGGCGAUAUGAUCGUCACCAUUACAGCAACGAUCCCUAGAGUGCCGCCCCACUUGCGCUACGAUGCUCAUCGCAUUUUGCGCGCGAUAGAAGAGUACGGCAAUUGGAGUGCAAUCGACGAGCAAUAGCGCCAAACCCGUCCGCUCACCAUCUACCACACACUGUACGGCAGCACUCGCUGUUGCAUUCCGGAGCGCAGUAAACAAAAAAAAGAACAAAAUUCAUUCAUCGCGUUUUCUACACUCGACGCAUCGCCACCACCCCACCACCCCCGUUUGUAUCUUGCAUCACCCGCUCUGCACACAGUGCACACACUGACACACGAUUAGCAGUGGGGUGUAGGUAGUGACGUGAAGCUGUCCCAUUACACUGCAAGCCGCUGGGUAGUAUUAGUGCGGAUUUCCGUAAAC